AUAUAAUGGAGCUCCUGGAGGAAGAUCUCACCUGUCCCAUUUGCUGCAGCCUGUUUGAUGAUCCCCGAGUCCUGCCCUGCUCGCACAAUUUCUGCAGGAAGUGUCUGGAAGGAAUACUUGAGGGAAAUGUGCGGAAUGUCCUUUGGAGACCAUCCCCUUUCAAGUGUCCCACGUGCAGGAAGGAAACUCCUGUUACUGGAGUCAACAGCUUGCAAGUCAAUUAUUCCCUGAAGGGUAUUGUGGAGAAAUACAACAAAAUCAAAGUGACUCCUAAAAUGCCUGUGUGCAAAGUGCACAGCGGGCAGCCCCUUAACAUCUUCUGCCGGACGGACAUGCAGCUCAUCUGCGGGGUCUGCGCCACACGCGGGGACCACACGAAACACGCGUUCUGCUCCAUCGAGGAGGCCUAUUCCCAGGAGAAGCGCGCCUUCGAAACCCUCUUCCAGGGCUUCGAAACGUGGCGCUGCGGAGACACGCUCUCCCGCCUGGAUACCUUGGAAACCAGCAAGAGGAAAGCCCUGCAGAUGCUCACCAAGGACUCGGACAAGGUGAAGGAGUUCUUCGAGAAGCUGCAGCACACGCUGGAGCAGAAACGAAAUGAGAUUCUCUCCGACUUUGAGACCAUGAAGCUGGCGGUGAUGCAGGCCUACGACCCGGAAAUCAAUAAACUCAACACGAUCCUGCAGGAGCAACGAAUGGCUUUUAACAUCGCCGAGGCCUUCAAGGAUGUUUCCGAACCCAUUAUAUUUCUGCAACAGAUGCAGGAAUUCAGGGAAAAAAUCAAGGUGCUCAAAGAAACUCCUUUACCUUGUUCCAACGUAGACAUCAGCCCUACAAUGAAGAACUUUGACACCAGCCAGUGGAAUGGAAUAAAACUAGUUGAUGUGGACAAGCUUUCCUUGCCUCAGGAGAACAGUGCUCUUAAGCUCAAGAUUCCCUCAGUCUUUUCGUCCAGGUUUAUAGUGACCUCUCUUAUUUUCUUGCUUAUCCUUGCUGUCACCAGAACGUCCUUUGUGGAGUCUGUUGUUGACAAUCUCCAGGGCUGGAAAUCUCAAUUCUUUACAAUUAGCUUGUCCUAUUUGGCAGAUACAGUGGAAAUAGCAGAUCAUGCAGUCUUUUACUGGGAACAGAUGGCAGAUGGAGCUUCACUUUUAAGAGAAAAGUGUAAAACCUAUACGUUAGUGGUACUGGAUAAUGUUGCACAGUUUGUGUGCAAAUAUAAAUUGUUGUGAAGUCCCUUCUGAAAUGUAAGAAGUAACAGAGAUCUGGUGAAGAAAACAUAAAACUCUGUA